UUCCCUUAAAUUAUUUAAAAUAGUAAAUAAAUAAAAUAUUUUUUUAAUCAAAAAAUAAAUGUUUUUACUUUUAUUUUUCCUUUUCUUUACAACUCUUUUAUUUUGGAAUUUUGUUUGGAAGCGAAAAGGAUUACCGCCUGGACCGGUUCCAUUGCCUAUUUUUGGAAAUGCAUUUUCGAUAAAUAAAUCAAUUUAUGAGAAAUUCCAAAUUUGGGCAAAAGAAUAUGGCCCAGUUUAUACCAUUUGGAUUGGAGAAGAUCCAACAGUUAUUGUUACUGACUAUGAAAUUAUGCGUGACCUUUUUAUCAAAGAAGGUGAAGUCUUUGCUGGUCGGAACUUCAUGGACGAUCUUUUUAAAAAGUUUUCAGGUAUAUUCAUUAACCUAUAG